UGUAGGAAGGGCGCAUCCCGGAUAGCUAGCUGGCUAGCUGUACUCAGCAUAACGAUGGCAGUUAACCUCAGCAAAAAUGGCCCUGCAUUAACAGCUGCUUUUAAAGAAGUGGUAGAUGAAAAAUCCAAUACCAACUGGGCCUUGUUCACCUACGAGGGAAACAGUAAUGAUAUCCGCCUGGCAGAAAAAGGGGAUGGAGGACUGGAGGAGCUAGUUGAGGAACUGAACAGUGGAAAAGUGAUGUACGCUUUCUGCCGGGUCCAGGAUCCAAAUUCUGGUCUGCCUAAAUAUGUCCUCAUCAACUGGACCGGAGAAGGGGUGAAGGAUGCCAGGAAAGGAAUAUGUGCAAAUCACGUCAGCUCCAUGGCCAAUUUUCUUAAGGGGGCCCAUGUCACAAUAAACGCCAGAGCAGAGGAGGAUGUUGAACCUGAGGUGAUCAUGCAAAAGGUGGCUAAAGCCUCCGGAGCGAACUACAGCUUCCACAAAGAAGCUUCCAGCCGCUUCCAGGACAGCGGUCCGCAGGGUCCCGUGGGUUCAGUGUACCAGAAGACCAACGCGAUGUCAGAAAUCAGAAAGACCAACAAAGACACCUUCUGGGCUCAGGCAGAGAAAGAAGAGGAGAAACGCCGGCAGGAGGAGCGGCGCAAGGCAGAGGAGGAGCGCCAGCAGCUGGAGAAAGACAGGAAAGACCGGGAGGCCAAGGAGGCAGUGCAGAGGGACAAAAGGGACAAGGAGAGGGCCACUCUAAUCGAGCAGCAAAAGAAAUACCAGCAGCAGCAGGAAGCCGAGAGUAAAGAGAAGGAGAAACGUUGGGAGGAGCAGGAGGAGAACCAGGAGGCCCAGAAGAAAGCGGUCAAGAGAGGUGAAUCUGUGGAAAAGGCCAACGAGGCGGCGUCUCUCAUCUCUCAGCGUGCUUCAAACCCCAGAGAGAUGUUCAAGCAGAGAGAGAGAGGAAUAACUCCCAGUGACUCAGACGUCCCGUCUGCUGCCCCUGCUAGCCCCCAGCCAGGGCGUCUGCAAAGCCCUUUUCUGUCUAAGCCAGUGUAUGAAAGUGAGCGAGCCAGCUCACCUCAGCGCCAAGCUUCUCCUGUGCCAGCAGGCUCCGCCUCUCCUGUCCGUGCCACAGAGCCCGAUGUAGAUGACGGACAGUCCAGGUGUGAGUAUGAUGAGCAGGAGACGCCUCCCCAGGAGCAGCCGAAAGAGGAAGCACCAGCUGCCAACUCCUACGUCCAAGAGACGGCUUAUGAAGAGCCGGCCCAGAUGGAGGAGAGUAACUCCUAUGAGGUGACUGCUGAGGAGGCCUCAGACAGAGGAAUCUGUGCCAGAGCCUUGUAUGACUACCAGGCCGCCGACGACACGGAGAUCUCGUUCGAUCCCGACGAAAUCAUCACCGGGAUCGAGAUGAUAGACGAGGGCUGGUGGCGAGGUUACGGCCCAGACGGCCAUUUUGGAAUGUUCCCAGCCAAUUACGUGGAGCUCAUCUAGCCCGGCGCACCUCUCCCACCCCACCGCCCCAGAUUAUCACACUGGCAGCGCUGGCAAAGGACCUCUGCAGUAAAACAACACACAGCAAAGUCAGACCUCGCACACAAGUGAGCUGAUCAGGCUGGAACGGAGCAAACGACCCUCCACAUCGUGGACCAAUGAGCGGAUGGUGAUCGUGGGCCAGAAGCUUUUGAAAUCUCUCCACAUUUCAAGAAAGCAAUUCCAUUAAAUCGUUGAUGUUGUAAGCAAAUGAUGGCGUAGUUUAGGGAUUUGUGAAGAGCCAUCGGCCGACCAAAACUCCCUCCACUCCCCCCAAACGAUACAUCCCUUACCUGUAAAUGUGAUGCAGUACAGUAUCAGCCUUUGUUAUGUCUUAAAUUCAAUUGUGAGCAUUAAUAGCACUUCUUGUUAGCAUUCCUUACAGAGUGACUUCAGUUCUAUUUCAGGUAUAAUUUUGUUGUCACUUGUAGCAAAUGCUCCUGUACAUUUCAGGAAAAAAGAAUCAAAGAUGGCGGUACCGGCUGCAGUAAAACCUUCUGCCUUGUUUUUGCCUUUCUUUACCGGCAGACUGAAUUUUCCUUUUUUUUACGUGAUCGAACUUACAUCCUGUGUGAAUUUCAAACCGUGUUUAGUGCUGAUCUGACUGUGGUUGAAGUGAAUAUUUAAAAAAAAAACACGAAACGGAUCAUGUUUGCUGUGCUCUGGACGGUCUUGAUUAAAAAGGCUUUGGUGGCGGAACGCUUAAAACGAUUCUGUGAGUGCAUAACAGCUGUUUUCAUUUCAAAUCCUUUCUCAUCUGAGUCAGAUUACUUCAACAUUUCAACAUAUUUAACUUUUUUGGGGGGGAUCUCGCUGGUCUGAGGUUGAUUUUGAGUGCACAACAUGAUCUCUAAUAAGUGAUAUGUGGUAUUCUGAUGCCGUAAUGAGGAGAAGUGGAUGCAGUUAUCGGUGACAUUUCAUUUGAACAGUUUGACAGCAGGAUUUACACGAGUUCACUGUUUUUAUCGUGGAGCAAAAUUUUGCUCGUUUAAGCUUUUAGGUCAGUUGAAAAAAGGAAAAAUGAAUUAAUCAUGAAUAGAAACGGGCAUCAUGUACUCACUGCAUUAUUCAUGAUUGUUUUUCCAGAGUCUAUUGUAACGCACAGACAUUCUUCAUAAUAAAACGAAUAAACAAGC